CAGAAUAUGAAUAUUUGUAUAUUAAUAUAGAGUGAAAAGUGUCCACUGUGAUUGCGGUGGUGGCGCUACAUCAUGGACGCACAAGUCUUCCUGAGUGACCUGCUGGAUGUGUCACAACUUCCAGCAGUCCCUUGGGCAGAGAUUCCAUCAAGCACAGAUGUGUUGUCGAAGAAGUCGGCGCUGUUUCCACAGCCGGCGCUCUCCGGCCUGUUCCUGCAUCUACGAAGUCCAUCUGAGGCGUUUGAGCUCCAUUCGUCGAUGAGCCAGAACUCCAACUUGGCUGUGUCCCUGAGCCAACGCAUCGCGGUGAAAAGCCCCACCUCUGCGGUGCGUGGAGCUUUCUCUCUACAUAGCCAACAUCGCGUGUCCCUUCGUGCCGAGAUGGAUGUGCCGUCCGUCGGCACGUUUACGCUCUCGGCACUGGAAUGUGGGCAGAAAGCAGUGGGCAUCGCCCCGAAUGCAAGGGUUGGAUUUAAAGGCACUGUUCCAGUUCCGUUCCUCCCAUCGUUGCAAAGUAGCGUCGAAGUGGGCGUCGACGUGGUGAACGGACCUUCCGUAGACCUUGGUCUCGUGGCUGGCACACCGUCAUUCUGUGUUGGCGUGGGGGGUCGAUUCAACACCGGAGUUGAGUACAUGGAAACUCGAACAGUCCAACAAAAGGUGGAAAAGCUGGUCGCCCUCGCUCGGUACGUGUCAUCGGACGUCGUGGCCGUGGCGAGUGUACGGGACCUUGGCAACGUCUGGCGGUGCCAUGUACGACAGAAGGUUGCCUUUGACUUCGGCGUUGGAAGCGAAGUCGAGUACCAGCGAAAACGUCGUACCGUGACGCUGAAAGGGCAAUGCCACAAAGAGAUCAAUACGCGAGAGAGCCUCUUUGGGUCGCUCGACAGCGAAGGCAUUGUCGGCGUGGCGUACCGGUGCCGCCUCUCACCAUUCCUCCAAGUGGCGCUCUCUGGUCGCGUGAACCUCCUGCAGCUGGAAACAGACUCCCAUCAAGUUGGUCUCACGUUUCAAAUUGGAUAACUCACGAAAAGGCGCCUUUUUCGAAAAACGGGAUUUCGUUAUUUGUAGUCAGGGUGCUGAAUAUAUACGCUGCAACUAUUUUAUGAACGUUCUUUCAGUAACGUAAAGGUCAGUCAGUUUAAACACGA